AUAGUAUUUUCCUUCUAUAACCCCAAUGCAUGGUUUGGUUUACUUGUGACAGAAGGUAUGUUGCACUACUCGUCUUAUACGCGCAGAUUUUUGUUAUCUGGUGCUCUGGCACUACGUAUAAAAAUACACCAUAAACUUCUUGCUUUUCAUCUUUCUAGCUCUCUUCUUUAACAAACCCUAUAAAAAUCUCAGAAUCCCCUUCACUUGUAUUUAUGCUCUCAAUCUAAUUAAGAAGAUCUUUUAGGGACUGCAUCGUUUAUGUCUGUCCCCGUCUGUAAUAACAUUUAAAUACUUUGUGUAAUUUUAAUGCAUUUUUGUUUCUGAGAAAAAAAGAAAUCCCCUCUCUCCCACCCGUAACCUCAUUAUUACUGCUCUCUCUCUCCCCCUUCAAGAGAUUAUUACAUUAUAGAAGAAAAUAUCUAUCAUUCAGAAAUCUCCGACACCAACACAAGUUUCAAUAGAAAUAAUAGGUCAUGAGUAAUAACAUUGAACAACCUCCUGUUAGUCUCCCUCCUCCCCAAGGUUAUCCUCCGCAAGGUUACCCAAAUGGGAUAUAUCCUCCGGCGCCAGUAUAUCCUCCCCAGCCCCAGGGACAGGGACAGGGGCAGGGGCAGGGAUACGCACAAGGUUACCCUACACAAGGAGUAGGAUAUUACCCUCCCCAUCCCCAACCCCAUGGUUACCCUCCGCAACCUGGACCCCACAGUUAUCCUCCUCCAAUGGGAAUGGGAUAUCCACCACAAGGUUACCCUCCUCAGAGCUGCCAUCCACCUCAGUACGGUGCACCCCCUCAUGGACAAGGAUAUCCUCAUCAAAAACAAAAACAAAAUCAAGCUGCUACAGGCAUCAUGGGAGGAUGUUUGGCUGCUAUGUGUUGUUGCUGCCUCUUAGAUGCAUGCCUUGAAUGAAGGGUCAGUGGUCUAAUUUGCGGCAAGUGGUCUGCAGCAGAAGGUGAUUUGUGCUGGAUCAUUGGAGAAUCUAGCUUCCUAUCCGUGCAUGUAUUGUCCUUGAUACACGAUUUGAUGAGCAAAACCAACCUUCAUGUGUGCUUAAAAUGCAAUGCUUUCAA